AUGAAAGAAUACGCCAAUCGUACAUCAGUUGGCAGUAGAAGUCUGAAUAAAACAGUGGAACAAAAGAUGGAGGAAGUGCUGACGGCUACUCUCACUUUCGAGGAAUUUGCAUUAAGAUUUGGUCAGUAUCACCUCGUCAACAAUACAGCUCAUCUCUCAAUGAACAGCCAAAAUAUAGGUAAGUAUUUAGUGUCGAUCAUUUGCUCCUGACAUUACGGAGGCCAUGUUGGUGUACAAAAAAAUGAAAUAUCGGCCAUGUUGGUGCAACAAGAUAAUCCUUUGGGGAUUAAACUCUCUUCUCAAGUAGAAAAUUUUAAUUUCUUUGUUCGAAGAUAUUUGCAUAGCUACUGACUACCUGAGUGAAUAGAAUGUGACUUCUAAAAACUUACGUUUUGUUGUCUUGCCAUUUACAAGUUACACCCCAAAAGCAUGUUCAUGUAUACUGAGGAAGAUUAAUUAAUGGUUUGGACUAGGUCUUCACAGUGAGGGAAAAUAGAGUAUGAAACCAUCGGUAAUAUUUUGAUUAAGACAUUCAUGAAAAAUUCUCAUCGACAAAGAAGAAAUGCAAUUUUUAGGAAACAAGACACUCUAAAAAAUCGUUAACGCGAGCUUGCUUGAAGAUUAGAUAAGAAAUAGGAGGCGAUUGUUUUUUUUAAAAGGAGUCUGUGUGCGAGCGUGGAACCAUGUGGGGAAGCAGAAAAAACUCAGUGCUACCUAGCCAGGUUACACAGUAACCAUUGACUGCCUUUGUAGACAUGUAAGAAAUACCUCAUCAUGUAAACUUCAUAAGGUGUCUAAGGGCUUUUAGACCAAUGGAUCUUGUAUAAACCCACUAUCCAGGGGUAGAGGAAAUGCGUGACGACACAAGGAACGGUUGCAAUCGACGGAGAAUGGGCUCAGGCUCACUUGUGGGAGUUCUGGGAAACUUUUGGCUUUUGAACGGCUAGCGUGAGCCAGCGAAAAAAGCUAGCUUUACUAUUUACUGUCUAAAGAAUUUCAGGGCAAUAAAAAAGGGACCCUUUACCGUCUUAAUUCACACGAGGACUUCCUCAUGAAAAGUGGAGGGGCUUAAGCGUUCGUCUCAUUGACGUCAUAAAUUAAAGAUGUUGGUGCUCCGUUUAUGGUGUUCAGGAAUAAACUCUUAACUUUUGCACUCGAAUCGCUUUUACUCCCCAGGGGGAGACUUCGGAGCCGCUAAACUGACGGGAAUAACGAUCAAAAGGGCGAAAAUAAAAACCCUUUAAAGUCCCAACGAAACCCAAAGAAAUCCUUGUACCAAAAUUAAACCCAAAAGAGUAACAUGCCAAAAGACCGAGCUUUUUAUUUAAAAAAAGAAAUUGGAUGAAUACGGAUUUCAGAUGUCCAAUGUCCAUUGGUCAGACAUCAAACAGCAGACUUCGGAGAUUGGACAUCAUCAGAUAUCGGACAACGCACCGAUGUCCGAUGUCCGAUGUCCGAUGUCUGAUGUCUGAUGUCCAAUGUCCGAUGUCUGAAGUCUGAUUUCCGAUGUUUGAUGCCCGAUGUCUAAUUUCUGAGGCCCGAUGUGUGAUAUCUGAUGCCUGAUGCCUAAUAUCUAAUGUCCGAUGUCCGAUUUCUGACGUCUGAUGUCCGCUGUCUGUUGUCCGAUGUCCGACGUUUGAUGUCUGAUAUUGGAACUCGCUUCCUGGUUCUUGUAGGAGAACCACUGGUAUGAAGGAAUUUAGGCGUUUUCAUUUUUUCCCAUAGUAUCAUAAAUUAGACGUUUACUAACCACCAGUUUGUGUUUUCAUGUUAAAAUGUUGUUUAUGUGUGAUGUUGUUCGUGUAAUUCAUUGGAGAUACUAGCCUUUAGGCUAUGCUUAAAACCGGAGUUAAAUAAAGUUUCGUAUGUAUGUAUGUAUUUCUGAUGUCCGAUAUUUGAUGUCCGAUGUCUGAUGUCUGAAGUCUCAUGUGUAAAGUCCGAUGUCUGACGUCUGAUGUCCGGUGUGCCACGUGCGAUGUCCGAUGUCCAAUGUCUGAUGUCCGAUGUCUGAUGUCUGAUGUUCAAUGUCCGAUGUCUGAUGUCUGAGCUCCGAUAUCUUAUGUCUGAUGUCUGAUGUGUGAGAUCUGACGUCUGGUGUUCGGUGUGCAAUGUCCGAUGUCCGAUUUCAGAUGACUGUUGACUGAUGUCUAAUGUGCUGUAUUUGAUGUCCGAUGUCUGAUGUCUGAUGUCUGAGGUCCGAUUUCUGAUGUCUGUGGCCCGAUGUCGGAUGUCUAAUGUCCGAUGUCCGACGUCUGAUGUCCGGUGUGCGAUAUCUGAUGUCCAAUGUGUGACGCCUGAUGUCCCGUGUACGAUGUCCGAUGUCUGAUGUCUGAUGUCUGAUAUCUGAUGUCCGAUGCCUGAUGUCCAAUGUUUGACGACUGAUACCUGAUGUCAGAUGUCCAAGGUCUGAAGUCUGACAUCUGAUGUCCGGUGUGCUACCUCCGAUGUCUGAUGUCUGAUGUUCGAUGCCUGAUGUCCAAUGUCAGAUGUCAGAUGUCCGUAUCCGAUGUUUGAUAUCCGUUGUUCGAUGUCUGAUGUCCGAUGUCCGAUGUCUAAUGUCUGAUCUUUGAUGCCCGAUUUCCGAAGUCCUCCUCGGCCUUAUAGAUAGUCCCAAGUGUUAUUAUGCUGCCUGGAAAACCAAGGACCAACAGCAGGUGUCUGUCGUGGUGUGGUGUCCGUUAGAAAUGGCCGUAGGAGUAAAAGGGACUUGGUGGGCAGGUGCCCAUGCACCAACUUUUUUGUGUGAAAGUUUAGUUUAAAGAGAGGUAAUUAUGCGGGGGAGAAUUCCUAAGGACCCCUACAGAAGAAUGAGCACCCCAUCCAAUACAGUCGAGUACGGCAUCAGCACAGUCUAGUCCAUUAAAUCAUUGCGUAGUGAAAAUUAUUGGCUGUGCAUAAUUCCUUUAUAACUGGGACUGAAGAUAUGAUCCUUUGCACGGGAACUUGACGAGUAAAAUCUGCGGAGAGGACAUUAAACUGACUUAUGUGGCGGCAGGAAAGCGGAAAGGCCUGGGCGACUUCUAGAGCCAAUGCCCUCUCGCCACAUCACCUAACAUGCUCAUCACGAGACUCAUAAGCAUACAAUGAAAGUUUACCACACUCAACCAACGAACCCAGCAAAGUGAUCAACGCUUUCAAACGAUAGAAUUCGUGGACGUACCCGUUCCGGAAAAACUUGUCGACAUCCUUUGCAUUAAUCUUUCCAAAGUUUUCUUCACAAAACAUUCAUAGCGCUCUGAAGAAUGUUAUGUUGUCGGUCACAUCGCGAUGCCUUUAAUUCACAGUUUCCACGGUCUCCGCUAGAAACGCCUGGCACCAUGACCCGGUCCUAUUUGUGAACUAAAUACGAAGAAAAUAAAACGGCUUGCAAAUUACCACUCUUGUUGCUACGCAAGCUCGGUUAAUUAUCACAGAGAAGAAGAAAAAAAAAUAAUCCAGAGAAUCGCGAAAUGUUUUGGAUAUCCUAAGAUGUGUUAUGGUCGUGAGUGAAAAGAGCAAAUUAUAUAGUCAUAAUUGCGGGGUUAAAACUACGGUGAUGGUUUCAAAAAAGGAGUUUAACAGUAAGAAUAAGUUAACAUGCAUAAAGUCUCUGCAAUUUACUAAAGUUAUUGUAUAAUAGCUUUACAGGUCAGAAAAGGAGUCUACGACAAUGGGACCCAAUUUGAUCUCUUUGAACCAGAAGGACAAAACUACAUCAAAAUUCCUUCAGAAGUUUUCAGUCAUAACGGUAUGCAAGCAAAUUCGUUAUCCCAGUAGUAACUAAGACAGCCGCCAUCCAUGUGAGAGAAAACACUUCACAGCCGGUUUCUGCCUCUGUUUUCGUCCCGGCGGAGAUAUUUACUCUUGUGCUACCCGCGAUGUUGACAUACAAAUCCCUUAAACUGAUCUUCAUACAUUUCCUUACAGAAUUAGUUCAGUUUUUAUUUAACCUUUUUUAUUAUUUUGCCGAUAACUUGAGGAGAAAAUUGAGAAAACAGUUUAAACAUGUUUAAAGCCGUGCUUUUGCCGUUAUCACGUAAGUAUGGAUCGUUUUUUUUUCAGGUUCAAUUUUCCUAGGUGUCAUCUAUAAAAGACUCCAAGAACUGUUUCUCGUAAACCAAACGAAUACAAUGGUUAACAAAACAAGGUCAGUACUAGCUAGUCUAACUAAGUUUCGGAACACUCGAGAGUACAAGCAAGCUAUGUCUAGCUAGCUGCAAAAUAUUUAAUGUCGGCCGGUCCACUGUCGUAAGUUCUUCGUGUUCUAAGACUUUUAACUGUAGGUUUCUUGAGGUCUUUAAAGAAUUGAUAUGUUUGUGCACAUUUUCUGUCCAAACUCUAUUCCAAAGUAAGGUUUUCCUUACGAAAGGAUACUAUUUCUCCACCCUAAUCUACAUACAAACCAGCAUUAAAAUGGAAUCCGUGUUACAGAAUGUUUUUUUAGUCGGCAUAUUCUUAACCGUCAACUUACACUGCUACAUUAACCCAGGGAGAGAUACCAGGUCGUCAGUGAACGCUUUUCGCCUAUGGACCUAUAAUAAUCUCUCUUUAUGCUAUUUAGAAAAAGUGGAUUUCUUCAUUGACUUUUAAGUGUUCUUAUUUCCUCUGCUUUUCAGCCAGAGUCUCAACACUAUGAUCAUGUCAGCAACAAUUAAUCCUCAUCCUUCAACUUUGCAGCGAAACGUCACACUUGUGUUCUCGAACGUAAUGGUAAGCUUUUCCUAAACAAGAAACUUCCUAGGUUAUCUAAUUAUUCGGAUACCUGGAUAACUACAGGAUAGUUACUGACAAUACGUACUGACAUGGCCAUUAAUUAAAUAAAUCCUUAAGUCAAUACGUAUUUUUGCUCUGGACUUACCCUAACAAAUUCUUAGGCUCGUAUGAAUCAACAAAACCCCUUUUGUUGGUACUUCAUCACAUUAACUUCUUUAGUCUUAGAGGAAUAUGUAAUAUUUUAAAACCUGAUGCCACUUAACAAGGUUCGUUUCAUUUUCGAUUUUAGAAGGCAACAAGGAAAAGAGAGUGUGUAUUUUGGAACUUUAUGGAAGACAGGUAAAUUGAACAGCAGGUGCCGACGGCACAAAUGUAUAAAAGACUUUAGAAAGAGAAAGAAACUGGAACGAGCUAACUUUUAGCAAAGACUUCUGGGACUGUUCUUCAAACAGGGGAAAAAAAUGGCCAAUAGCUGACCGGUGCGUCUCCAAUAACAAUCCCAGAAACAAUCGCGGGAUGCAUUCCCGCUCCAGUUUUCUUCUCGUUUCUAAAGUGGCGCAUGCCUAUUCGUAUCAAACUUUGGAUUGCAAUUUUGGGUGAACAAUGACAGGGGUUUUCGCUACUUUUAAGGUCUUUUUUAUUGUUUAAGGUAAAGUGCCUAUAUUAUUCGAGAAACAAAGGUUGCGAUUACCUAUGCGUAGCCAGAUCAUCGACCGAGAAAUUCAAAUCUUUGUAAGCCACUGUAGCGUAACAAGUGUCGACUUAGAGGUGAAGUCCACCAAAUCUUAUAGAUCUGGAUGGCUUAGACAUAUAAUUUUGAGAAGAGGUAGAUGGGAAAUCUUAAAUGGUUUAAUUACUGUGGAAAUGCACCUCAUCUGUUUUACAGACUGUACACCUAAAUACGAAGAAACGAAAAACAAUUCAAGUUACAUAGCCUGAGAAAACAGCCUACAUUUGGCGAAACUACCGCUGGUUUACCCGCCAAAUGACGUCUGACAAACGAGGUCAGAAAUUCCAUACUGAUGACGCGUCACUACCCAGAACUGGGUAGUGCUUCUGAUUGGUCGUGCUGCGUGGGAAAUUUGAUUCAACCAAUCAGAAGCACUAUCCAGAUCUAGGUAGUGACGCGUCAUCAGUAUGGAAUUUCUACGCUCGUUUCUCAGACGUCAUUUUGCGGGGAAACCACGUAGCGUCGCCAAAUGUAGGCUGUUUUCUCAGGCUACAAGUUAAAUAGAACUAAAGGGAUUAAAAGCCCCAGCUGUUAGGUCUGUCAAGAAGCAACCAGUUAGCUAUAUACAAGCACGGCCGAGGAAUUAAACUCGGGGUGGCCGAGAAACAAAUCCAGCUUUUGCUCGGAGGGGGUAUAUUUCCGAGUUGUUCUGAAAACUUGCCGACAGUUGUUCACGCCACCUCCCUAGAUACAAAGUUAUCCAUCCCGCAAAGUUUAUCACAACUUUACUUUCGGCCUUAAUUUGACAAGGUGGGACAGGAUGAGAUGAUAUGACAUGACAUGGGAUUGUUGUGUUCCACACCCUUUAGUUAGCUAGUGAACUGUCUCAGUUAGCAACUAGAAACACUUAUAUCGCAUAACCUUGUGAAGCUCGAGGAAGGGUGGCCCAUUGAAUGCUAGGAAUUGUAGGGUGGAAGAGAAAUUGAAUAAAUGGUGUAACUGGGGAGGGCGAGUUUUAACAGCGGAUCCAAUAUUGGAAGUUGGGAUAUCGAAAUACUCCGUCUCCUUUUGGUUGGAGCAUUUUCAAACCCAGUCCCCUGGCUUUGAAAAUGAGCUACAAGGUCGAAAACUGCUUGUCAGCUGGAAUACAGUUUUUACUCUUAGAAAUAAAAACGUUGCCUGCUUGUGCAGGUGACUUAUUUUAUUCUUCGUGAAGCCCUGUAGGUUGGUCAGGGCAAGGAUGUCAUGUCAAAUGGUUGAAUGACUCCAGGACAGAAUGCAGCUGCAAUCACUUAACUCACUUUGCAGUUCUAAUGCAGUUUGACACAGAUUCUGAACUGAAAACUGGCCAGAGCAGUAGACUGCAAAAGGUAGGGCACAGACAGAAAGAACAAAAGUGAGUUUGUAGGGUUUGGAAAGGAGGGUCCCGAACGUGCAUCCCAAACUUUUUUCAUCGCUAUUUCGAAUAUCCUUUUUUUUCCAAACUCGCAUCCGUGGCCAAAUUUCAGCUUACCUUACUUCUCGAGUGGCAGUCACGUGGCGUGUCCCGUCAACGUAUUCCCGAAUUCCGCGCUGUAUUUUGUUCACAACGGAUCCUGUUUCCCGGGAAUACCCUUCCAGACACUGAGGAAAGGCUGGCCACUCCAUCAGGGUCUACAUCCACUACUUUCUAACUACCCGCUUCCCGUCAAAUAUCGAAUCCUAUCAACGUCUUCCCAAAUCCCGCACUGUAUUUUGUUAAGAUCCCGGAUUCCGGCAGUAUCCUUCCAGACCCUGUGUUUUGGUUGUCUAGUCGAUUAAUCAUGUUGUUAUACAACAUGCGUUAUUGGGGUCACUCAGGCGGGUUUCGGGGAGCAAACCUGAGUGCAAGACAAGAGAGAGGGGGAAAAGGAGAAAAAUAACGCCUGUAGACAGGUUAUUGUUCUCUCUCUUCGAAACGUUCAUCUGGCGAACGCCGGUUUCUAUUGGCUGAGAGAGAGGCAACAUUUCUCUCUUUUCCCUCCUCUCUCUUGUCUAACGCCUUGUACUGGCAGCUUAAAACCCGCCUGAGCACCCCAAUAACGCCUGUUGUGCAGCCUAAGAAUAAAUAGUGGCGCCUAGAAAAUUAUUGUUUUAUCGUGUAACAGUGGUGUUUUUAUAAGCGUGUUUAUGAGGACACUUUUCUUAAAAAUCGAAAUCCCGCCAAAAUCAUCAAAUGACCCGGUUUCACUGCAUUUGUGAGGUCUAAUCUCGUAACCGUACGGACGGAGAAUAUCACUUUUAUUUGUCCUGCAAAUAUUUAUUUAAAAAGUGAACAGAUCUUACAAAAGAAAUCUGUUAUAGCUCGAAAUGUUUUUGAGAACAAAUUCGGCGAAAAAUAAGCCUGGGUGCCAGCUGCUGGAAAGAACGUCGGGCUCUUAAGAGCAAGAUUAGCCUGCAUGUAAGGCCGGCAUCCAUUCAUGCAUGUGUCUGGCACAAAUGGUUUUCCGGUUGUUUUGUAUGUAGAAAGAUGAAAAGGUGCUGAAUAUUCUGACCUACUUGGGUCUUACCCUUUCCUUAAUCGGAAUCAUAGCGACGAUAAUCUGCUACGCAUUUCUGACGUAAGUACAUCUAACAUCUUUUUAAAACAUAAUCAAAUGUUUCCACACGACUCCUUAAGCCCAAAUUUUGAACGUUAUCCCUUCUUAGUCUUUAAUUUUUUCUUAUUUUUCUCUUUUCUUAUCUCAUAAAUCUUAUCUUAUCUUGUCUUGUCUUGUCUUUUCUUGUACUUUAUUCUAAUGCUUUGGUUUGUACUGUAUAAGAUUGCAUUGUAGUGUAGUGUAGUGUAUUGCAUUGUAUUUCACUAUAUUGAAUUGAAUUGUAUUGUAUUGUAUGAUGAUUUGUUUUGUAUAGAGCGUUUUCAUAUGACGUAACGGAGGCCAUAGAAAAAAUAAUAAAAAAUAAAAAAAAUUAAAAUUAAAAACUAUGAAACGGCGGCCAUGUUGGUGUUCCAAACCGGUUUCGUGGCAGUUGAACUCUUUUCUUACGUAAAGACUUUCUUUUGUUCCAAUAAAUUUGCAUAGAUGAUGAUCUCGUGAAUGAAAAACGCUCUAUUGCGUUGCAUUGUUAUAAUACACAUUUAGAGAUAUUCCUUUGUUAGACUUACCCAGCGUGGUUUUGUUGAAGACAAUGUAGUUGUUUAUCUUUACACAGCGAUAUUAAAUCACCACUGUCACAAAUCCGGAUAAGUCUUGUCGCUUCCCUUGGAGUGGGCCAAAUAAUCUUCGUCGCAGGCAUUGGAGCAACUGAAAACAAGGUGAGAACUCGUUCAAGCUCUGAUCAUAAUCAAUUUAGCCAAAUGACCACAACUGAAAAUACCAUAAUAUACCAUAAUACUCUUCGUUAGUCACUCCAAAAGUUUGCUGGAGCAUUCUUUUCAUUUUCCGUCGUGGGGCCAUUUUAACUCCCAAGAGAAACUGAAGACAAUGCUUACGCAAAAUUUUGGAGUGACCAGCAAGAAGUAUUAUGGUGUGUUAUGGCAUUUUCUGUAGUGGUCAAUUCGUCACUUAAGCAACGAGAAGUGAAAUAGGCCGGAUUAACUUUCGCAAAGACUUGGGACUGCUACUAGUAACACGGAAAAAAGGCCAAUAUCUGACUGGCGCGUUCCCAGUAUUUAUAAGGGACCUUAAGAUCUAAUAACGAGACCGCAACGAGAACGUCAAAGAAAACAAUAGGUUUAAUAAGCAAAACAACAAUUUUGCUCGUGCAUCACACUUUUUUUACAUUUCUGUUGCCGUUUUUGCACGACUACGACGUGAAAAUGCGUAAUUUCGUGUUUUAUGGAGAACGUAAACAAGUAACGGCGAAAUUUUAUUUCUCUUUCUGAACUUGGAUAUGGUCCCUUGGAAUUCAACUUCAGGAGGGUUAGCCUACAUUUGACAAAGUAAGCGGGUAGGAAUAAUCGCGAAAAAAGACUAAAAGAACGCAAAUUUACUUUUUACGAGACGUUCUCGUUGCCUUGGCAUCGUUGGAUCUUAAAGUCCCUACUAAGGAUCCUAGAAACAAUUCCUGGAAGCAUAUCUGCUCCACUUUCCUUCUCGUUUCUAAGGGACUGUUUAUAUGGAGGUGGGGGACCCCAGGUAGGUGAGGUAACCUGCUAUGGUGGGGUAACCGACUUGUCCAUGUAAUUUCUCAUAUGGUCAUCCCACCUAUCAUGUAAGAGGGAUCAAAUGAAUAUGAGAGAUUGUAUGGACAGGCGGGUUUCCCCACCAAAGCGGGUUACCUCACCUAUUUUGGGUCCUCCAUGUAAAAAGGCCCUAGGGUGGCAAAUUGAGUCCACAUACUGUACUUUAAAUGUCUGACGUUUUUUUUUGUGGAUUCCAUUUACUAUUACUGACAUGGAAACAUAGGGCAAGAUAGGGUGUUAAAAAUUACCCGCGGUCAAUUUAAUAGAACUUUUACAAGUGCAUUUUACAAGUGAAGCUAUUGUUUUCAGACUCUAAAACAAUAAUGGCUAAGCUUGUGAAUUACUCUUGUAAAAGUUUGUUACAUUGAAGCCUGGUCAAUCUAAGUAUUGAAGCUUUCCGGGGUGUUUUCCUGGAAUUUUUCGUCCUGGAAACUAAAGGUACAAGGUGAUAACAUUGUCCUUCCAGUAUGCGAGUUUUGACUAUAUGUUGUACUUUGCAGGGCGUCUGUGUAACAGCAGCAGUCCUGAUUCAAUAUUUCCUUAUGGCGGCUUUCUGUUGGAUGUUAAUGGAGGGAAUUUAUCUUUACUUGUUUGUUGUCAAAGUCUACAACGUUAGCAGCAAGAUGAAAAUUUGCCACGGAAUUUCAUGGGGUAAGUGUAAAGGGAUAAAUUUGCAUUUUAAUUUCUCAAAGUUUGGGCAAAGACGAGGAUGAAACUAGUGUCGGACGUAAGACUGAAUGUAACGGCGAAAAAAGGAACACAAUAGCGUCAACGUUUCAAUCAAAUUUUAUCGAAGAAGCCAAAUUGACAGACCCAAAUUUCAAAUUUUGUUCCUGAUAAAUCCCUGAAACUCAUUUUCUGACGACCUUUGCACAAAUGACAUUCUAAUGUUUCACCUUAUAGCUGGCGACAAUUAUCCUCGCGAAUACUUCAACGUGUGUUUGAAGUUUCAUGCUUGUUAUUCAGUGUAUGUAGAGUGUUGUUCGCACUUUUGAGUUUAUGCGUUAAACCCGAAUUAAUAUGUUCAUGUAAAUUUUAUAAUUGCACUCCUCCCGCCACACCUUUUAUUUCAGGUUUUCCUGCGGCAAUGGUCACUUUAUCGCUCAGUGUUGCUGCCGGAAUGGACGGAAUCACAAGUUUUGUUAGCGAUGAAUAGUAAGAAGUGAAGUGCUGAAAAGUAGAAUGCGUAAAGAUACAUCGUUUUCGUUUACCUAUAAGAGUGAACUACCCAUACCCUUUCUCGUAUAUACACCAUUUGCCCUUCGUUACGGGGAAAUAAAUUAUUAGUAGUAUAGGUAAUGGCAUGAUUUGUUGUGAUAUUUCGAAAUGGUUGUACGUUAUUUCACGAGCCGUUAGGAGAGUGAAAUUUGAGACCUCUUUGAAAUAUCACGAGUGGUAUUUUAGCCAAAUAUCACGUACAAAUCAUGCUAUUAUUUGUUUAUACUACUACCCCCAAAAGGUUUGUAAUUUUCACAUGUAGGUAUUUCGAGUUAAGCUGAAAUACCACUGCUCUAAUAUAAGCCAAUCAAAUUGCACAAAUUUCUCAUGUAGUAGUAUAAACGUGUAAAUAUUAUUGAUUUUAAUAAAUUUAUAUCAACAGUUUCGCCAAGAGAGCAAACAUUUGAUUUUGUAGCAUAGUCAUUAAGGAUGUUUUCAUAAGUAAGGCCAAUUUCUAUAGCAGUUUAUCGAAAACAAUAUUCUUUAGUGCGAAUGAAGUUUCAUUUUCCUUGGGUGAAUGUUGUUCGUAUAUGAGAAUAGAUAUAUCAGUUAACAUUUGUCCUUUUGAUUUCCAACACGCACACACACUGGCAGAUUUUAUAAUUUAUUUUGUUUUCGUUUUAGCUGCUGGAUUUCUUCUUCUAACGGAUUGAUCUGGAUAUUCAUCUCGUUUGUUCUUGCAAUUGAGAUCGUAAGUUCACUCAGUAUUUUUUUUUAAUCUGAUAAAAAAAAUAGUGACACGAAAACGCACUAAAAGAAAAACAAAGAAAGUGGUUUAAAGGAUUUGUUUUAACGACAAAGAUUACCUCAGUCACCAUCACGUGGGCGGUGUUCUGAUAUUCCAAUUUAGGUUUUCUAUUUUCUCAACUCUGUUAUUUUUUUCAGAUAAACUUGUUGAUUUUGUUGAGAGUUAUAAGAGAAAUGACAAAAAUGGAACAAACAAAGGACAACCAAGGAGAACAGAUAAGGUCUCACAGAUUUUAUAGCUUGUUUUAAUAGGCAUGUGUAAGUACAUGUAAUAUACUGUAUUUGUUACGCGCCCGGCUUGAAUGAAGCAAAGAUUCCUUUUGAGAACAAAACAUUGUUUGGUCGUUAAGUGGUCAUGUCAUUACAUUAUCACUACUCAAACUGUUCUAUUGUGUGCAAUUCCCUUCGUUUUUAAUUGAAGACAGUACAAUGACUUAGCUGCAACAACACCAUCGGCAUUCCACUGAUGACGGGCUAUGCUAAAAAAGUUGGGAUUGGAAACAACGAUUCGUCUGUUUAUCUUCGAGAUUUAUAUAUAUCUAAUUGAAUAUCUUAUUUAUUUUGCAGACUUGGAAUCAGAGCGUGCGUGGUGCUAAUUCCCUUACUUGGGGUCACGUGGUUAUUCGGCGCAUUAUCGUCAACCCACAAAGCAUUUGCUUACAUUUUUGUUAUCUUCAAUUCCACUCAGGUGAGAUGCGAGUCCCCUUCUUUGUGCACCUAUUUUUUAGCUUAAAAAGUAAAUACUUAAUCACAAAUCAAAGUCAAGAAAUUAAAAGAAGAUAAGGCAAAGCUCGAAAUUAUUUCACUUAAGAUGGCCAAGGAUUAUAUAAGUACAUUUUUUGGAAAACUUUGGUGACAGUCUUUCUUAUUUUCCUACCCGCAGGGAUUUUCCAUCUUUCUUCUUCACUGUGUGAGAAAUAGUGAGGUAAGGACAAAAUGUUAAAUGAUUGCAAAUUUUAUCAUCUCGUGUUGCCGAAUUAUAAGUUAAGCAAUGUUUUCAGUAACUCGGAUCCAAACACAGAACCAAAAUCACAAGGAAUUUACGAUCAAACCCCUCGAUUACGAACACCUGUUUAUUACGGAAAGUUCUCAUGAUCCAAAAACACCAAUAGCACCAGAGACAGUUGAUAGCGGAACCUCCGCGCGCGGGUGGCGGAGCCUCUAUUGCUAUAGAAAAUGGAAACCUAUCGAUCGAUACGAGAAUAUUUGGUUAUGACGUCAGCGUACGUCCGUCCGUCCAAAUUUCCUUACGGACUUGGCAGGGAGAGAUCUUUUGAAUUAAUUCUCUUUGAUUAUCCUGCAGAUCAGAGAGAGGUUCAAAAGAAGAAUACGCGUGAUAUUUCCAGCUGCCAGCAAUGGAACUACAAGCGUUAAAAGACACUCUGACCUCAAUGGCAGCAGCAGCGGAAUCCUUUCCCUGCGAAAAAUUGAAGUUGUGCCCAUUAGUACCGAGAGCCUAGUGAAAUCACCAUGAUUGUAGUGUUUAUCUCCAUCACAGCUUAAACAGAAAACUCAGUUUGUUAACAAGAUAUGCGAACCAACAAAGAAAGGAAAG